UUUUAGAAAUCAUGUGAUGCCGCACAAAAGGUCGAGCUCUGACGUUACAGUUGACGCACGGAUAGGUUCGACCAGUCCAUUCAAGCAGCCAAACGAGAAUGUAGUUACUCGUAGAAGCUCAAAUGACAACAUAGCGAAAAAUUUACUGGCAGACAAAAUAGAUGGAGGAAAACUGACUCCGACCAAGUCAGCGGACAAGCAGGGAAAUGAUCCACCACCAGAAAGUGCGAGAACAGAAUUUACGGAAGAUGAAACUCCUCGGGCCACGUUUAUAAAUAAUUGCUGUCGACUGCUUCUGCUUUCGGACAAAACUCCUAAGAGCUACAGAGUAGCAGAGUGCUGUCUGCCUGAUGUAGUGCUAGUGCACUACAAAAAUGACUCAUCUGUGCUUAGCGAUCUGCUCCGUGACGCAGUGUAUAAAUGUGGAGAUAAACGAGUCCUUAGUGUGGCAUUUAUGUGUCAUAGUCAGGAUUCUAUGAUACAUUUAUGCAGUUCAGUGGAAAAGCACUUUACCCAAAAUCCGAUCACAAUUCCAGAAAUUAAAAACUUCUUCCUGGGGAUAAAAGAAUUGAUGGCUUUGGGAAAUCACGAUGCGACGGAAAUAGAUUCCGAAACAAAUCUUUGUAAAAACAGAGUCGAUUUCUUGGGAAUGCGAGUUACGCCCGGCUUGAAUGUGUUCAUAGAAGACUUGGGAAAGUUUCUACAGGUUAAUGUCGGGCUCUCCCAAGACACCGGAGGCUGCGAUAUCCGCUUGGAAAAGGAAAAGGACUGUCUAUCAGCUGACGCCACUCCUUCGUACGUCGGGCAGUUUUACUUUGAUGUGGAGAAGCUAAGAGCUCUUACGAUGAGUGUGCCUCAGUCCAUGGCAGGUUUCGAAAAAAUCAGACUAGUUGGAAAAGGGGCUUAUGGCGCUGCAGUGCUGUACAGAAAGAAGGACGAUGACACGCUAGUCAUUCUGAAAGAGAUCAACAUGAUUGACCUGGGAGCAGCAGAACGUCAGUUGGCACUGAAUGAGGUAAAAAUUCUGUCUUUGUUGGACCAUCCGAACAUCAUCAGCUACUUUGACCACUUUGAGGAGGACGGAGUGUUAAUUAUAGAGAUGGAGUAUGCAGACGGAGGCACCCUUGCCCAGAUGCUGAUCCAGCGGGGUCCGGAUGAACCGAUGGAGGAAGGGGAGAUUUUGGUCCUGUUCCAGCAGAUGGUGGCUGCUUUGAGACAUAUACACAGUCACCACAUUCUCCACAGGGACUUUAAAACCGACAAUAUUUUCCUCACUAAAGAGGGAAUAGUGAAGCUAGGCGACUUUGGGAUAUCUAAGAUGAUGACAUCCACUAGAAGACUUGCCAGCACUGUUCUGGGAACUCCUUACUACAUCAGCCCUGAGCUGUGUGAGGGCAAAGAAUACAAUGAGAAGUCGGACAUUUGGGCUCUCGGAUGUGUGCUGUAUGAAAUGGCAUGCGGUCAGAGAACAUUUGAUGGAACAAAUCUGCCUGCAUUGGUCACCAAAAUCAUGAAAGGCCAGUUCGCUCCAAUCAAGUCUACCUUUUCACAACCAUUCCGUGUUCUGAUUCGCGACAUGUUGCAAAGGGAUCCCCAAUAUAGACCAUCGUCACAUGAACUGCUUUACAUGCGUUUACCAGAACUGAUGAAGAAUGUUCCAACAGCUGCUGAUAAACGCGGAAAGUUGACAAGUGGGUUGAGUUUGAAAUCGGAUUUAGAUGGCAGCAAUGAUGGAUCCCAGAAAGGGUCUAAUCGUGUGUCCGAUUCGGCUAAUGCGCGUUCUUUGGUAUUCGAGUUCAACUUACAAAGCUUGAGAAUCGAACCAAUUGCGUUUCCAUUUAGAGUCAAAAUCAAACAGUUUUGCGCUUCUGCCACUCAUACGGUUUGUGUGUCGGCUGAGAUGAGUGUGUUCACGUGGGGAGAGGGAUCGAAGGGACAGUUAGGCCACGAGAGUCUGGAGAGCUGUGCUGUGCCCACUGAGGUUGAGUCGCUGAGGGGCAAAUCCAUCGUCAGAGUGGGUGCUGGGGACGGAUUCAGUGUAUUUGGAUGUGACAAUGGCAUCCUUCUCACAGCUGGAGAUGGCACCAGGGGCUGCUUGGGUCACGGAGAUUGGAACAACUCCUCCAAGGCCAAACUCAUCGAAAGUCUCCUGUCAGUGGAUAUAGUGUCAUUUGCCUGUGGUCCUAUGCACGUGGCAGCAGUGAGUAGUGAGGGCAUCAUGUACUGUUGGGGAGUGGGCGCAGAUGGCAGACUGGGUCUGAAUGACUUCCAGGACAGAAAUUUACCCACCCAAGUGUCAGCUCCAGAUGCAGAGGGCUUCCUAAUCAGACGUGUGUUCUGUGGGAUGGACGGGACAGUAUUUCUGGCAGAUAUGGGAUGUGUGCUAGCAUGUGGCAAUAACUCUUUCAACAAACUGGGCUUGAACAACAGACAGGGUUUUCUGAUGGGCAUGAAGAACUUCAUCAGCAAAAUAGAAGUAGAGAGCAGUUCAGUUCCUGUAGUUGUGAAAUGUCUUGCCAAGCACAGAGUGACUAAUGUCGCUCUGGGCAGAAGCCAUACGGCAGUAUUGGUGGAGCAGGGUCAAGUGUAUCUGUUAGGCAACAAUGCAGAUGGUCAACUGGGUAUCGGGUCUGUGAAGCAGAAAAACAGUCCAGUGCUGGUUAAGGAACUAGAACAGGAGAAAGCGGUGUCCCUAUGUUGCGGAGAAACUUUCUCUAUGAUCCUCAACUCAGACAACCAAGUGUACUUCAUGGGAACCCUUCCCAAACCGGCAGCCUCUCUGUCCGCGCCGGCAACUCCCAUCGUAGCAAACAUGGAAUUCCCUCCUGCAUCUGUGGCUGAUAAUCUUGUCAUAUCUGACAAUGGUCUGGACAAUAGCACAAAUAGUGCUCCUGGAGAUCCUAGUGGAUCUGGUAGUGGACCUCAGAUUUAUAGUAUCCUGAAAGCUCCAAGGAGUCCAAUUGCCGCACGUUCGAUUUCGAAAGACGGAAUCGGAGACGUAACAAACCUGACACAGUGCUCAGAAUUAGGGUGCGGUGACUCAUUCGCUGCCCCAGAAGCUAUGGGGUUGAAACGGUACCACGAUUUUACCGUGAGCACUAUAGACACAACAUACAUAUGCAGUUCUCGACCGCAUUACAGAGUGCAAACUCCUUUUAUAACCCCUGAUGCCAACUCCUCUAAAUCGGAGAGCACAGAAAGUGGCUCAUCCGCCUCAGGAGUUUCAAGUCUUCGGAGGAGUAAAGUUCACGAGGCUCGUUUGAGCGUCUCAGAUGCUCCGAAGAUAUCUAUCCCUCGUCUAUCGUUUUCGUGCAUGGUCCCCGAUAGUAUGUCGAUUUCAACCGAAAAUACGCCAACAGGCGAUCCUUACGGUUUUGAUCGAUUCUCGGAUUCCUGUAGUCGUAAAAAGUGCUCGACUGCUCUUGGGUAUUCAAAAGUUCCGCUUUCGAACGUACCCGAUGAGAUUGGUCUGGCUUUCCAUGUGAUGGAACCUAUAACUAGUCCAGUUCUAGCUGCCACUGUGUUGACCAAUUUUGUCCUUGACUCGAUUCCGGACCAAUCCAGACCUACCUCUGGCCUAGUCCAACAGAAUGCAUCGAGCAAGCCUUCGAGUGCAACUUCAACUUCACAGGGUAAAGACUCGGAAAACGUUGUGGUACGGUCGGGCAUGACGAGGUACAAGACAAGUAUUCGAGAAUUGGUCUCUUGUGGGUUCCUCUCACACUCGGUGUUGUUGUCAGUGGAAACAAAUGCGCCGAUGCCGAGACGAAAAACAAGACGCCGACGGGUCAAGAGGCAAAAAGAUACCUCGCCGACCGUAGAAGCCUCUGCGACUUCGGAAUUGGUACGGAAGGAGAAUAUUCGAGGGCAUCACAAGCGAUACAGUAGUGCUGCAUCUUCAGCCGACGGAGAGUACACUACGGAAGCUGAUACAGAGACAUCGGGCCCAGAAGAACACACCGAUAACAACUUGAAGGACACCACAACUUCCACGGUACCAACGUGGCUUAAAAAUGAAUUGGAUGAUGACUUCCUGCCGAUUCCCAGUUCUACAGGUCCUGACUCUUGUUACUCCUCAGAAGAAGAAUCGGGGCUACAAACAAGGCCAGCAACAUCUGCAAAUGAAGCAAAAAGAACGCAGCGUGUCAAAAAAGAUCCCAAUUUGCGGCCCAAUGCUGCCGAUAAUUCAGCUGAUAAAAAAAAUCUAGGAGGGGCAGCGCAGGCAACAAGAAAUCAGCCGAAUCUAAACUCUCUCUACAUGUCGACGUCUAAUUCGUCAGCCGAUUUGAUGCUAGUACAAGAUAAUGCCGUUGCACAAGAGAGAUCCGCUAAGACAGCACGAGCGGCUGUUUCUCGUCCAACGACUGGAAAAGGUCCAAGAAGUAAUAAUACAGCCAUUCAGAAACCAGGAACUGUAAAGCGUAAUGCAGCGACUGUUGCAGCGUAUAACGGAGGAGCUGCUAACAUAAACCGACCGGCCAACUCACAGAACCCAAAAACGAGAUCUAAUUCGAAAGACAAUCAAGGGAAGACCGCAAUAGCUAAUUCGAAUGCAGCUUCAGCGCAGCAACAGGUUAGCAAGCCGACAGCGGUAGUGGCUCCGGUGGACUCGAGGAAGGAGAGAGGCGAAGUGAAUGUGAAGAGUACAAAUGAGAGGAGACUGGAGGAGGAGCUGGCUCUGAUGAAGAGGGAGAAAGAGGACAUGCAGAGAAUGAUCGAACAGAUGAGAGACCAACUAGCCUCAGUAACACCUGCUCAGGAAGUUUCGCCUAUGACUCUUGCCACACCUGUAAAUGCCUCUCCGAUCGAGGCAGCGCUGAGGGAGGAGUUGACCCAGAUGCGAAACGAGAUCCAGAAUCAGGGCCGUACUCUGGCAGUCAAUGCGGCUGAGUUGAGUCGCAUGCAAGAACGGAUGCACGGGACCAGUGAGACGCCUAGUCAUACUCACGGAAACAAAUCGUCGCUUCCGAGUCUGUCUUCUGACUCGAGAUCAGAGAGAAGCGAAGACGACAAAUACGGAUCGAGUCGGACCUCGUCUGGCAGACCGAAAAGCAAAUCUAGCAAAGUGUGCUCUGUUUCAUAACUUGCCUUCACCUAUCUUAUCAUUGUCAGUGAGCAGUGUGCCUGAUAGUAUGACAAAAUCAGAUUCAUAUCAGAUAAAUCAAAAGUAGAGAUAGUAUAAAUUAGUUUGUGUCUCCACAUAUCAAUCAUUUUCAUCUUCAUGCUGAUGUAAACUUGAACUUUUUAAAUUUACUCAAACUUUCAUUUAGAUUCAAUAAACAGAUGCUGAAAAGUGCAAUAUGUUCGAUGCAAUUUUGUGAAUAGUAAAAUGUAAAUAGAAUGUAAUUAUGUUGAAUAGUUAAUUUAAAAGGUACAUAGAAAUCAUAUGCAUAGAAUUAAAUUUCAUCUAAGUAA